AUGGAUUUUGGGGCCUUGGAGACUGUGGUGGCCAAUUCUGCCUUCAUCGCCGCCCGGGGCAGUAUUGAUGGGAGCAGCACCCAGUGUUCCCGGGACAAGAAGUACUUUGCAAAGCUCAAGCUGCCCCCCCUCUCCAAAUGCGAGUCCCUUCGCGAGAGUCUCAACCUCGAGUUUGAAAGUGUGUGUUCAGAACAGCCCAUUGGCAAGCGCCUCUUCCAGCAGUUCCUGAAGGCAAACGACAGGCACGUGCCCGCCCUGGAGCUCUGGAAGGACAUUGAGGACUAUGACACAGCAGACACCAAUUUCCGUUUGCAAAAGGCCCAGGCCAUCCUGGCUGAGUACUUGGACCCCCAGGCCAAGCUCUUCUGCGGCUUUCUGGACGAGGGGAUGAUGGCGAAGGUGAAGGCGGUGCACGCAGCUGUAGAGGAUGGACUCUUCGAACCCAUCCUGCAGGCCACCAUGGCGCACCUGAGCCAGUCCCCCUUCCAGGAGUACCUGGAGAGCCUCUACUUUCUGCGAUUCCUCCAGUGGAAGUGGCUGGAGGCCCAGCCCAUGGGGGAAGACUGGUUUCUGGACUUCAGGAUCCUGGGGAAAGGGGGAUUUGGGGAGGUGUCAGCCUGCCAGAUGAAGGCCACUGGCAAGAUGUAUGCUUGUAAAAAACUGAAUAAGAAGAGGCUGAAGAAAAGGAAGGGGUACCAAGGUGCUAUGGUAGAGAAGAAGAUUCUAGCAAAAGUACAUAGCAGGUUUAUAGUCUCUCUGGCCUAUGCGUUUGAAACCAAAGCCGAACUCUGUCUGGUGAUGACCAUCAUGAAUGGAGGCGACAUAAGGUAUCACAUCUAUAACGUCCACGAGGACAACCCUGGCUUUGAGGAGCCGCGUGCCGUCUUCUACACGGCCCAGAUCAUCAGUGGGCUGGAGCACCUGCACCAGAGGAGGAUCGUCUACCGGGACCUCAAGCCCGAGAACGUCCUCUUGGACAAGGACGGCAAUAUACGAAUCUCUGACCUUGGGCUGGCAGUGGAACUGAAGGACGGGCAGACCAAGACCAAGGGCUAUGCAGGGACUCCAGGUUUCAUGGCUCCUGAGCUAUUACGGAGUGAGGAGUAUGAUUUUUCCGUGGAUUACUUUGCCUUGGGGGUCACGUUGUAUGAGAUGAUUGCAGCCAGAGGACCAUUUCGAGCCAGAGGAGAAAAGGUGGAGAACAAGGAGCUCAAGCAGAGGAUCCUUUCAGAGGUGGUGAAGUACCCGGAGAAGUUCAGCAAGGCCAGCAAGGACUUCUGUGAGGCACUGCUUGAGAAGGACCCGGAGAAACGUCUCGGGUUCAGAAACGGGACUUGUGAUGAGCUGCGCACGAACCCCCUCUUUAAAGACAUUAACUGGAGACAACUUGAGGCUGGAAUACUGAUACCUCCUUUCAUCCCAGACUCCAGAACUGUCUAUGCAAAGAAUAUUCAGGAUGUAGGUGCCUUUUCCACAGUUAAAGGCGUGGUGUUUGACAAAACGGAUACAGAAUUCUUUCAGGAAUUUGCAACUGGCAACUGCCCCAUCCCCUGGCAGGAGGAGAUGAUUGAGACAGGCGUUUUUGGGGAGCUGAAUGUGUGGCGUUCUGACGGGCAGAUGCCAGACGACAUGAAGGGAAUCAAUGUUCAGCAGCCAGCAGCACCCUCGUCCAAAUCAGGAAUGUGUCUGGUUUCCUAAGGGAGCUCCCUGAGGCUACAGGCAUUCGCUGAGGGAAGCCAAG